AGUUGCUGUGCGACAAUGGGUCGAAGAGGUCCGUUGCGUUUGGGCCUAGCCCUUGCAUUUGUUUUAGUGGCUCAACAGACAUUAGCCGAUCAAGUUUGCAGAACGGGAUGCAGGAAAAGUAAUUCUCAAUUAUUCAAAUACGUUCCCGGCACAACAUACAAGUACAACUAUGAAGGAAAAAUCGACAUUAGCUUAUCGUCUGCCGAAGGACAAGUAGCAAGUACUGAUGUAAAAGCUGUAGUAUUAUUAACACAAUUAGGAGACUGUAACCAACUUCUCAGGCUUCAAAACGUUCAAGUUUUGACCGGAAAUUCAAAGAAACAUGGCCAUAUUCCAGACGUGGAAAAGGCUAUUCAGCUUAAUUUCCAUGACGGACACAUUGAAGACAGUAUAUGUGCCGAACCUACUGAUACCCAGAACUCACUUAAUCUUAAACGUGCCAUUGCAUCUCUUUUCCAAGUCAACUUAAGGAAUGGAUACGAAACUGACAUUUUCGGUUUAUGUCCUACUGAAGUCGCACAACAUAAAGAAGGAGCUGAUUUGGUUGUAGUAAAAGGCCGUAACUUAAACAAAUGUGCCUACAGAGAACAUCUUAGACAAGACUUUUUCGCAACCACUUUCAAUCUUAACAGUGAAAUCAAAUCUAGUCCUAUCCUUAACGGAGACUACAGUGCUAAACUGAGGAUCAAAAACGGCGUAUUGAAUCAAGUAAAUGUCGUUGAAAGCUAUCUGUAUGUUCCAUUCUCCGUAGGUAAAAGCGGUGCCAAAGCUGAAAUUAACAGCAAACUACAUUUAGUAGGCACCUCCAAGGAUAAUCCAAAAGCUGCUCCCAGCGUGCCUAAAUCUAUUAUUUUCGACAAUCCCCAUCCCGUUGUUGCUCCUAACAGUGGCGUCAACGUUAUCUUAAACGCUGUUAAGGAAGUAGUAAAAACUAUUGAUAUUGUCGUUGGAGAAAAAACCGCUAAAAAAUUCGUUGAUUUGAUUAAAACCGUUAAAGCAGCUAAGAAAGACGAUCUAUUGGCCGUUUACAACCAGGUCAGGUCUGGUGUAGGUAUUGGUGACAAAGUAGCUGCCAAAAAAAUUUUCUUGGAUGCUCUUUUACAAGCAGGAACUGGUGAUGCAAUAGAAGUAGCUAUUACCUUAUUAAGGAGCAACGAAUUGAGCGAUCAAGAAAAACAACUGGUCUAUAUUGGACUGUCAUUAGUCAAACACGCAACUGAGAACUCCAUAAAAACCGCUAGUCAAUUACUUGCAGUGCCAAAUCUUCCCGAUCAAGCAUACCUGGGUAUUGGAAACUUAGUAGGACGAUAUUGCCAACAACAUCCAUGUGAGAAAGUUGAUGCUCUCAAUCAAAUAACUCAAAGGCUUAUUCAAAAAUUGGGUAACGGAAAUCCAAAAGACAAGAAAACCGAAAACGAAAUUAUUCUUGUGUUGAAAACUCUUGGAAAUUUCGGACAUUUGAACGACAACGUUGCAGCCAAAAUUGUUUCCAUUGCCGAAAACAGACAAGGUGCCGAAAGAUUAAGAGCCUUCGCAUUGGAAGCCUAUCUUUCAGAUCCUUGCAAGGAUAAGGUUAGAAACAGUGCCAUUCAAAUUUUGCAAAACAUUCAAAAUGACUCUGAACUCAGAAUUAAGGCAUAUCUUGUUUUGGCUAAAAUGUCCCAACGCUAAGGUUGGUAACGUAGUAAGGCUCUAUUGGAAAAGGAACAAAGCUAUCAAGUUGGAGGAUUUAUUGCUUCACACAUCCGCAACUUAAAGGCAUCUGCUAACCCAGACAAACAAGUAGCCAAACAAUUCUUGGGCUUCAACGUUCCUAAGAAAUUCCCCAUUGAUCCUAGGAAAUGGUCGUACAACGGUGAACUUUCCUACGCUGUUGACACACUUGGUGCAGCCGCCUCAAGCGAAGCUAACGUCAUCUACUCUCCAAAUGCUUUCUUACCGAGAUCAACCAAUCUAAACGUAACAGCUGAACUUUUCGGACACUCUUUCAACUUUUUAGAGCUUAGCCUCAGACAACAAAAUUUAGACCGUCUUGUUGAACACUACUUUGGACCAAAAGGUGUUAUUAAUACAGCAUCUCUCAGUGAAUUGUGGAAAGAUAAAAACCAGCAAGGUAACAAAUUAUGGAGGGAAUUUAACGAAAAACUAAAAUCAAGCUUAAGAGCGAGACGUGAUGUAUCCAGAAAAGAAAUUGACAAUAUUGGUAAACUUGUCCAAUUGAAAGAAAAUCCAUUAGACAAAGAUUUGGAUAUUGACCUCAGUCUUAAAACUUUUGGUUCAGAAAUCUUCCACCAAAACUUAAAUGCUUAUCAAGAUGGUCUUUCACCUGAAGUUAUCAUUGAUAAACUCAUAAGCCGUUUCAACGAAGGCUUGGACAAACUAAAGAACUUUGAUGAAACUGUUCGUGCUAAUAUUCAAUUCCUGGACGCUGAAUUAGACUACCCCACAUCUCUUGGAUUCCCUCUGCGUCUAGCAGUGGAAGGAACUUCAAACACUCAAGUUAAAGCUGAAGGAAGUGUUGAUGUUAGAGCAUUAUUAAGUAACAAAGAUAACAACCUACAUAUUAAACUUGUUCCUAGUGCUAGCAUUGAAGUCAGCGGAAGACUCACUCUAGACGCCCUUGUGGUCGAAAAUGGUCUUAAAGUAGUAUCUAACUUAUAUACUGCCACCGGAGGAGAUGUUAGGAUUAACUUCUAUAAUGGCGGAAAGGGAGUUGAUGUUAAAUUUGGUUUACCAGUACAAAUCCAAAAACUUGUAGCAGCUAAUCACCAAAUUAUAUUUGAAAGUAGAGAACAUGCCGGACAGGUUUCUAUCACUCCUCUUAAAUUUGCUCAAGCUAAAGAUUUCUCAAUCUGCUUUGAUCAAUUAAGCGAAUUCAUUGGGCUAGCAUUCUGCGCUGAAGUUAACGGUCCUAAUUUAGCUGGCAAACAAGUACCAGUCUUGCCUUUCCCAUUUUCAGGAGACGCUAAAGUUUCAGUCAGCAUUGAAAACGAGGACUUGAAAGAAUACCACUUUAAAAAUCUUGUAAAUAAGGACUACACUUCUGGUGAAGUUUUACUUGAAACCAUCGGCAAAAAUGGACAAAAGAAACUUAGCGUUCAAGUUCAAAGUGAAAUCUAUCCUCAGAAAUUCAUUAAAGCUGUACUCUCUUCGCCUGUUAAGUCAGCCUUUGCUGAAGGAAGAAUUACAAAUACAAACCAAGAGAAAUCGUUGUUGCUAAAAGCUGGCCAAGACAACGUUGAAACUUACCUUAAGUUUGGCGUUGCCAUUUCAGGUUCCCAAGAUAAAGCAGUUUAUAGUCCAAUUCUUGAAUACAAAACUCCAGACGGUAACCAACAAUUACCAGUUCAAGUUGAAGGAAGAAUUAUUGCUGAACAAAACGGACAGAACAGGAAAUAUAUAUUUGAUAACGUAAGAGUUCACUUACCCAACCAAAAAGUCUUGGGAAUCAAUGGAAACCUUGGAAAUGAAGGUGAAGAUCUCUUCAGCGACCUAACCGUCUCUGAAGGACAACAAUCAGCUUCUUUGACAGGUCGUUUACACAUUGACAAUACUCAACUGAACGUAAAUGCCGAAGUGAAGAAUAGCAUAAACCCAGGUUUUAACUUUAAACUUCAAGGAGCACUGAAGCGAUCAAGUGACCAAUCCCAACUUGGCAGCAACUGGCAAUUAAUUCACGGUCAAGAUCUUGCUUCUAAGACAAAUAUUAUUACCGUAUCAACUGGUGUUACCCGAAGAUAUAAAGGACCAAAUGAUUUCCAUUUUGCAUUUAUGAAUAAGGUCACUUAUCCAUUGAUCGGAUUGGUUGUCAAUAUCGAAGCAAGGGAGAAACCAAAGAGUCUUGAUUAUGAUUUCGACUUCCAAUAUAACGACAUUAAAUUUGGUUCCCAGUUGGACUUUAAUGUCGAUAAAAAAUCAAGAGGAGACUUUGAAGUUGCAUUUGGAAUUUAUGGUCUGGAAAACAAAGUUGAUUUUAAAUCAAGUAGAGAACUUGAAGGAGCCGAUAAAAGCAAAAUUAAUAACGAAUUAGACAUAAAUGGAAUGAAACUACAAGUUAGAGGACUUAUUACACACAAUAUCAAACCAUCUAGUGUUGACAUCGGCGCUGAUUUAACUGUUGUCCUACCCACCCACCCAACCCCAUUCAAAGUAGACAGUGGCUUACAAUACAAUCCAACUGACUUUGCUGCUCACAACAAAAUUCUCAGCGGAAAUGUAGUGGUUGUAGACGCCUUUUUGAAUGCUAACAAAAACGGUAAUGCUAACGGUAGCGUUAAAGUAAACAUUAAAAACGUUUUAGUAGUUAAUGGACAGCUUAAAUCAGUCAAAGGUGUUGGUAAUGGUCACAUCAAAAUCGACGCACAAUCGAUUAAAAAAGUAGUCAAAGCUGACAGCAACUUUGAGAUACAGCCACCAACAUUAUACAAAGUUGUAGUAACAUUAUAUCCAAGUUUCGAUAAAGACCCCAACCAAAAAAUAAUUUUGUCCACAAACAGCAAAUUGUCUCCAACAAGUAUCGAUACCAAAAACAGUGUCAAUCUUUUGGGAAAAGUAUUGGAAGUCAAUUUGAACGCUGCAAAAUCUGGUGACGCUGAAAACAAAAAAUAUAACGGAGAAGUCGAAGUCAUUCUUCCAAAUGAUCAAUACUUGCAAGGAAAAGUUAAUGGAGCCUACAACAAGAGGAAUGAUAUUCUUAACGGACAAGGUCAAGCUAGUGUAGAAUACAGGAAGAACAAAAACACUCCCGGCCGUAAACUCAGUUUGUCUGGUAAAUAUAAUAAUGUAAACGUCAAGGAAGGAGUCUAUGACGUUAGCUACAACUUGGCUGCUGAUGAUGCUAGCGGAAGAAAUGUCAACGCCGAUUUGAAUGUCAAAGUUCUUAAAGAAGGUGAAAGGAGAGUACUAGAUACCUCAACCAAAAUCUACGGAUCUAUAUUAAAACAAGCGCUCAAAUCAGGAUUAGUCUUCAAAUACACAGUCGAUAAUGGUGAAUUCGAAAUUACUUCAUCAUACGGCCCUGAAGUUAAUGGUAAACUUGGCGGCAAAUACGAUGUUAGAGAUGAAGGCAAACCUGUUUCUGGGGAACUUGAUAUCGAACUUUUGUUGCCCAGCCAAAACUUGAAAACUUUGAAAUCCAAAUUGUCUGGAUCUGUCCUCCUACCAACUGACAAAGCUAGUGAAAUUACAUUAAGCGGAGCUGCUAGUAUCUACGCUGACAACCGAGUAUCCCAAGCCCCAUUAGUCGAUUUUAGCACAGAUGGUCAAGUUAGAGCAAGUGAUAAAGAUGGAGACCUUAAAGCAAAUCUUAAAACAAACAAACUUGACCCCAUUGCUGUAGUUGCUGGAUAUAGCUACAAAGAUCAAGGACAAGAAAAACAUCAACUAACUGGUAACGUAGCUUUACAGUACAGUAGAGGCAAAAACUUGAAAUUAGAUGGAACUCUUUCAAAACUCGCCAAACAUCAAUACAAAUUGGAAGCAGAGCUUGAUACUCCAUUCGAAAGCUUAAAGAAGAAUCAUUUGUUAGUCGAAACUAGGGGCUCUGAUGACUAUCAGCAAGUCACAAGUAAAGUAGUAUUGACCAACGACGGCAAGAAAUGGCAACUCGAUAGUGACUUAAAAUCAUCAGAAAUCUCACCGUUGAUUCAUUUGAAGUUAAGAUCUCCCGAAGGAAAGCUUACUGAAGUAUUGUUAAAAGGAAAUAAAGUUAGCGACAAGGAACUUGGUGUUGAAUACAAAUUGUUAUGUCAAAAGAAAGACUUCUUACUCGAAGGAAAAUUGGAUGCUAAUGUAGCAGAUGUUGACAACUUUUAUGUUAAAGGUAGUAUCAAUUCUCCAAAACUUGAAUUAAACAAAAUCACUUUCGAGGCAACCAACAAAGGUAAUAAAGCAGCCAAGAAAAUUCAAAUUCACAUAAAAUCUGCAGACAAAAACCUCGUUAGUGGAAGUACGACCUAUCAGGCCAGAGAAGAACACGGAAAAUACAUUAUCGAAGGCUCAGGAUCAUUAAAAAUUAAAGAAGAAAACAAAGCUGCCAACUUCAAAUUUAUUUCCCAAGAAUUGUCACAGGAGAAGAAUGGAGAACAAGGAUUCCAAAUUUCAUUUGUUGCUGGAGUGGGCAUCAAAAAUUUUGAUUCCGAAUUAAAAAUCACAAACAAGCAAUUCAGAAUUCUUGACUCUUACUGUGAGAAAAACAAGGAAUGUGCACACUUUGAGCUCGAUUCCAAAAUCAACGAAAAUGAUGUCGAUAGAUUUAAUCACGUCUUGGAAAUAACCGUUGACCUAAAAAAACUUGGCCUUCCAAAUGAAUUUGGUCUUAAAGCAGUCACCACAAGGAAAGGUUACGUUCUUGAUCACACAGUCGAUAUUCAUUUCCAAAGCCCACAAAACAGCAAAUAUCAAUACAGCGUUUAUCUCCACCCUGACGAAGCUGGAGUCUCUUUGACCACUCCAAACAGAAUAGUAUCUUUAGAAAGUCAAAUCAAAGGACCCAGAAAUGUUAAACUAGCCGGAGGUAAAAUUACUGCUGAAGUGGCGUUCUACCUCGACAAAAAGAAUCAACCCAAUCAGAAGGCUAGUCUAAGUGGUUGGAUAAGCGUUGACGCUAAAGGCAAAGGCGCCGUAGUUAACGCGGAAGCUUCAUUGUCACAUCCUGGACUUCAAAGACCAUUAUCUAUUACAUUCAAAUCUGUGCGCGGAGAUCAAUCUCCUCUUCCCGAACUUACUACCUCCACCGUCAUUGAUGUUUUCGCCCAACCAAAUCAGAAGCUAGUAAUCGAUUACAGAUUCACACCACAAGUCGCCAAUGACAAUACCAACGCUGUGAUUUACAAUGAAUUAUUGGUAAAGAGUGUCGGUCUAGGUAUUAAUAUCGAAGCUACUGAAGAAGCAAGACUAAACAGAAAAACAAUUUCCGGAGACUACUACUCAAGACUAAAAUAUGUGGUUGGAAACUCCAACUAUGACAAUCUGAUAUCCAUUAAAGGCAAUCAACAACGAUCGGAAGUUAUCCUUAGAUUAUUAAAUAUUGACUUACUGAAGAUUGAAAACAAAUAUCAACUUUCUAACGAUGAUAUAAUUGUUGACUCUGAACUGACCUCUUACGAUAACAAACCUCUGGUUAGUCACUUGGAAGUUAAGAAAUUCAAAACUGUCUUGUUUACCGUUGGUCACAAAAAUACACCAAAACAAAAACUCCAAAUCAACAGCGGUUUUAUUCCUGGUCAAAUCGCUGAUCUUCGUGCUGACUACCUUACAGGCGGAGGAACUUUGAAUCUAUUCCACGCUACCCUAAAACUCGACGAAGCCAACUUCCUUAAACCAGACUACAGCGUAAACGCAAAGGGAAUUGAAAAAGUCUUUAACCAAGGCAAAGAAGGAAUUUCUCGUUUCGUUAACGGUCUCGAGAGAAUCGAAGACGAAAUCGAGAAGGACAUUCGCAAAGAAGCUAGUCAACUCUCCGAAUUAGCAAAGAAAGCAGCUCCCAAUCUUCAGUCAGUGCAACAAUACUAUUCUACCGAACUGCAAAAAAUUAAGAACGAAAUCUUGAAGGAUAAAUCUUUACAAGAAUUUGGAGAACUCUUAAAAUCAUUAUUCUUCACUGUUAGUGAACUUGUCGAAACAAUCUUUGUUAGAGUAUUUGAAAUACUAGAAGCUGUAACUCAUGCAGUCCAAAGUGUUAUAGUUGCCUUCGUUGAAUCAUUCGAGAAGCAUAUCGUACCAGCUCUCAAGGAUCUCGUCGAGAAACUCUCUGCUAUUGCCGGUGAUAUCCUUAAUACCUUAGUGGAAAUUACUUCAAGUUAUUUGGCCACAGUCAGCGAAAUCAUCGAAAAAUACCAACCAGAAAUUAAACAAUUAACUGCUACAUUCGGUGAAUUGGGACAAGAUAUUGCUAGAUUUAUUCAGAAGUCUUACGAACAAGUUAGACGAAUUUUCAUUAACUUAUACAGAAGACUGGUUGAAGAACUUAAAGCUCUUGCACUAUUUGACGAAAUACGUGCACAAUGGGAGGACUUUGUCAAGAACGGAUUACCAAACGCUGAGGGAAUCGUAGGUGGAAUAAAGGAAGUAGCUGCUACCAUUAAAGAUUUGGUUCCCGCUGAUCUCUUUGUUUCUAAAGAAGUCUAUGAGUUCGUUGAUAUUCUUACUGAUUAUUUGGAAAAGAAAAUCAAACAACAACCUGUAGACGACAUCGCAGUUUUGAACAAACUUUUCACCGUUAGCGCCAAUCUCGUUCAAAAGAUCUUGACCUUGAUAACAUCUUCAACUGCUGAUAUUCAACAACCCCAAGUAUCAAUUUCUCUCGAUUUCUUUAAGAAGCUGCCGAAAUUGGUUGCUGUUAAAUUGUCACCUAUCAAUUACAUCCUACUAGAAGAUCCUUCCAAGGAACUCAUGGAUCUAGGCUUGUCAUUAUUCACGAAACCAAAAGAAUGGUUCGCUCCAUUCCAACUAUUUGGAAUGAUUCUCCAAGCUCAGCACGUAUAUACAUUCGACGGAAGAUACCUUAACUUCCAAGGAACCUGCAAAUAUCUUUUGGCAAGAGACGCUGUCAACGGCAACUUUACUGUUAUUGGAAGCACUGCAAACGGACGUCUUAGCACCAUUUCUUUGGGCGACAAAGAAGAUAUUGUUACUGUUAAUGAGCACGGACAAGUUAUCUUUAACGGAGCUCACGCUGAGUUCCCUGUUCGCAAAGGAGGACUUGCAGCUUACAGAACCUACGAAAACGUCCAUCUAAAAUCAAGCGCCGGAGUUCAUAUCAUUUGCACACCAACAUUACAAGGAUGUGGAGUUUACCUUUCAGGUUUCUACCACGGCCAAGUUAAAGGUCUUCUGGGUAGAGGCAACAACGAACCUUUCGAUGAUCUCACUGUUGCCAACGGAAAAAUUGUUACAUCAGAUGUCGAGUUCGUCAACUCCUACAAAAUCGGUAACUGCCAACCAGCCGUUGUACCUCCUUCUGCACCAUCUAAUCCAGCUUGUGAAAAACUCUUCGGGUGGGAAUCUUCGCUCAGACUGUGCUAUCCAUUUGUUGACACCGAUAUUUUCAAGAAGGCCUGCAACUUUGGAUUUGCAAACAAUGUAAAGGAUACUGAAAUGUCCGCUGCCUCAGCUUAUGUAGGACGUUGCCUUGAACACAACAUUCCAGUUAGUGUUCCUUCUAGAUUAACUCAAUGCCUUAACGGACCUGAAGCUCACAAUGUUGGAGACCAAUUUAGCGUAAAAGUACCAAAGAAUGCAGCCGAUAUUGUUGUUAUGGUCGACACUGUCAAAGCUAAUGAGCCAGUUUACAAUGAAUUAGUGAAACCUCUUAUUCAAGAGCUUACCAAGGGAUUAGCUGCCAAAGGAUUAACGCCGGUCCUCACAUAUGGAGCAGAAACAUGGACUCUAACGCAGAAAGAUGAAAGACUUUUGGGAAUAUUUGAGCAUAAAAUACUCCGCAAAAUAUUCGGAGCUGUAAACGACCAAGGGCAGUGGCGCAGAAAAUAUAAUUUUGAAUUUUAUCAGCUCUUUGAUGAGCCAGAUGUCAUAACGUUCAUUAAAACACAGCGACUUAGAUGGGCUGAACACAUAAUACGAAUGCCAGAAAAUACCAUUGCUAAAAAGCUAACCACAGGAACACCUGUAAGAAAAAGAAGCAAAGGCCGACCGCGAAUUAGGUGGUUAGAUAGAGUAGAAACCGACUUACGAAUAUUAAAAAUCAGAAGAUGGCAACAUGUUGCCAAAAACCGAACAGAAUGGCGACAAAUCUUAGAGCAGGCCAAGAUCCACAGAGGAGAUGUUGAAACCCACCUUAUUGCUUACGGAGGUGAGAACCAAUGGCCAAGCCACGUCACCGUUGGUGGAAAGCUCGUUUUCAAAGGAAAAGCUCCCGAACUUAAAUUUACCGAAAAUCCCAAGGAAACACCAGUUGUUGGAGAAUUAUCAAAAUCUGUAGAGGCCUUACGUAGUAUUCUUAGAGAUAUCAAGCUAGCCUUUGGUCAAGAUCUUCAAGCUAAAACCUACACUGAAGGAUACGAAUAUCCAUACCGCGCCCAUGCCGUUAAAAUUAUGUUGGCUGUUACUAGUAAACCAUGCGAAGUAGGCAAGCUAUAUCCAAAAUUGAGAACUCUUCUCUUCAAAAAUAACCAAUAUUCCCUUCAACUGAUAACUCCAUUCGACGGUCUACAAGUUAAAGAUGCCAAGAAAACUAAGGACGUGAUUGGAUUUAAUGAUGAACACGUCUUUACCUUCUCACAACCUAAGAAGCCCGAAGGUACCGCUGAAUUAUAUAAAGAAUUACAAUAUGACGACUACUGCGUAGACUUUACAGUUAAGAACCGCGGAAAUGUCUUCGUAACAGACAAUUUCCUCGAUGCAAAACCAGAUGGUAGAAAACAAUUCCUUCACACCGCUGCCCAUAACAUCAUUAAAGAAGCCAUCAACCUCGAGCAAGGUUUGGACUGCGAAUGCAGACCAUCAUCACCUUACGGAGGUAAAAAUGUAUGCAGGGAAGCCUAUUCCAAAGAAAAAUCAGCACCAUGCUACCAGAAGAAGAAUAACCAAAGCAGAGACAGAAUCGGUCAGAACAUCACCAUCGAUGACUUUAACUUUGAGCGCGUUAGAGAAUUCAAGUAUCUUGGAACAACAAUAACUGAAGACAAUAACGGAACAGAAGAAAUAAACAACAGAUACAGGUCUAUAAAACAAUCAUACGACCCGUUGUGA